CACAGACAAACAAUGACUCGGCGUGAGCAAUCAUAGGAAAGAUCACCUCCACUGGGGUAACUAACUACGGCCAAACAGUCAUGGAGUUUAUCCCAGACUAUGUAUCAUCACAUCACACCGCUACCAAAGAAUAUAUAAACCGGGCCUCCCCCAGCCAUCCUAAGCCUCAAGGAGAGAGCAGAAAUCCACACCUUGGAAGACCUAAUCCUAGGACUUUCUGUCUUCGAGCUUCGAUCGAUCUAUCCAUCAUAUACAAAACAGACAACCAACCAACCAACUACUCAACCCUUAGUCAACCAAGGCGUCUACCACCAUGAAGCGCCAGCACAUCGCCCUGCCGACCCUGCAAGUCGCCGCAGCAGCCUUCUUCGCAACAGCCGCCUCCGUCCAAGCCGAGACGUACUGCGUAGACGGAGCCACCACCAAAGUCGUUGCCAAGACCGAGUGCGACAAUCUACACGCCGGCGGCCAAUUCUUCCUCCACCAGGGCCCUCCCGGCCUGACCGUCGGCGAGGCGAUUCCUCCUCCGGCCGACCCGGGCCACGUCUCCGGAGGCUUCGGCCGCCGCUCCGACGAUAACUGCGAUCCGAACAAGGACAAGCGUUGCGACAGCAGCGGCGGUUAAAUCAAUCAGUCCGUCCGUCCGUCCGUCCGUCUAUCUACCGGCCUUCCGUGCGCCCUAGGGACCUAGUCGGGCUGGACCUAGUCGCGGAGACUUGGCGGCGCGCGAUAUCUCGGGUUGUUUUUUUUAAUACGCACACACACAUGUAUAUAUGCACG